AUGGAGAUUAGCACACUGAAGAGGGAGCACGACCAGCAACUCCGGGACUCAGACGCUCGCUGGAAGAACGAGCGCAGGGAGCGCCAGCGGGACAAGGACCAGGACCGCGACCUGCGCGAGCAGGCCGAAGAUAAUUGGCGGGCCAAGGAAAAAGCCUGGCGAGCCAAAACGCGUGAGGUCGAGCGCCAGCUCGAGAUCAGCGAGGAGGAGCGAGCCCGGAUGAAGAAUGUCAUCGAGGUGCUUCAGGCCGACCUGCGCAGGAUGGCCGACCGCGUCAAGGAGACGGACCUGGCCCUGCAGGAAGAGCGCGGCAGGGUGCCGGUGCCCUACAACAGAGUCACUCCCCUCAAAAAGAAUUAAAAGGUCUGCGAAAUCAUCAUCUAGAAGUGCAAGCUCAACAUCCGCAUGAACCCUUCCAAACGGACUGUCGACCUCCGCGAGAGCGAGAACACCACCGACUCCACCAUCCUGCAGAAGGCAGCCGACUUCCUGAAGGCGUUCACGCUGGGCUUUUCGCUGGAGGACGCGGUGGCGCUGCUGAGGAUCGACGACCUGUUCGUAGAGAGCUUCAAGAUAAAAGAUGUGAAGACCCUACGCGGCGAGCACCUGAGCCGCUGCAUCGCGCGUAUCUCAGGGGAGAAGGGCAAAACCAAGAACGCAGUGUAGAACGACCGGACGCGGAUCGUGCUGGCGGACUCGAACAUCCACAUCAUGGGCAGCUUCCAGAACAUCAAGAGUGCCCGCACCGCCAUCUGCAACCUCAUCAUCGGCUCGCCCGCCGGCAAGGUCUACUCCCAGCUCAGGUAUGUGGCCAAGCGCCUCGAGGAACGGUUCUGA